ACUUUUUGUUAAAGUUCUUUUUUUUUAAUCUUUUUUUAACUUGCAGCUGAAGUUUGCUUGCUCUUUCACGUUCUGCAUUUUCCUUUACCAAAACCACGCAUAAUUAAUAUUAAUUAAUUAAUCUCUUAUAAUCUCCAAAGGCCACGUCCUAAUACAUUUCCAACACCAUUUUUAACGCCUAACCUCUCUUCCUUAUCUCUCACACUUUCAGUCAAUGCCAUUGCUGUCAAGGACCUGACCUUUGACUCUAACCUAACGUACGCACCCAGCCGCUUGGUUGGCUGCCCGAUUUACAUUAGGUUGGCAGGAAAAUGGAGGACUUUCUGUGUGAACCAUGACUUCUUUUGGAAUUUUAACCAACUAAAUACACUUUUGUGCAGAAUUGCAGGUCAAAUUUUACAUCUUUCUUUUCCCGCAGAUUGCGCUUCUUGAUCAGCAUCUUGGUUUUAUGUCCCACACUUGUAUUUUCUAGAUUCAUUUUCUGCAUUUCUGUUUUGUUUGCUUGUUCUUCUUCCUUUCCACUUAAAAUGCUGCCGUUUCCUCAGUCGCCUUCGAAACCCCAAAGUCCGUCUCGGUUGAUAAACUUCUUCAUAGUCUCAUCUUCUUUAUGCACGCUCUUCCUUCUUGGGUCGCUCUUCCUUGUGUUUACGAGCUCAAAGCUUGGACGUAUAAGUUCUCUGUCUCAAGAUGCGUAUUCCCCGCCCUCGACCUCCCUUGAGCACGUUGUGUUCGGGAUUGCUUCGAAUCAGAAAGCGUGGUCUGCUAAGAGGAAGGAGUAUGUACGGCUCUGGUGGAGGAACCAGUCUAUGAGGGGAUGUGUCUUUCUCGAUAGCCUUCCGCCUGAUCAUCAGCGUCACGUCCAUGACACUUCUCUUCCUCCUGCGUGCAUCUCGGGUGACACUGCAAGAUUUCGUUACACUUACAGAGGCGGUCUCAAGUCUGCUAUUCGUGUUGCACGCGUUGUUUCUGAGACCGUGGCGCUCAACCAUACGAAUGUGAGGUGGUAUGUUUUCGGAGAUGAUGACACAGUUUUUUUCCCUGAGAAUUUGGUGAAGACACUUUCUAAGUAUGAUCAUGGACUGUGGUACUACAUUGGGACAAACUCCGAAGUUUAUGAGCAAAAUAGGGUGUUCGGAUUUGGAAUGGCUUAUGGUGGUGCAGGUUUCGCUAUAAGUGCCCCAUUGGCGAAAGUACUGGCGAAGGUGUUUGAUUCGUGUUUAGAACGAUAUCCACAUCUCUAUGGAAGCGACUCUAGGAUUUCCUCUUGCUUGGCAGAACUCGGCGUUGGAUUAACAAGCGAAGCCGGUUUCCAUCAGAAUGACAUUCACGGCGAUAUGUUUGGCCUACUGGCUUCGCAUCCGGUGACGCCUUUGGUAUCCCUGCAUCACUUCGAUCAUGCAAACCCUGUCUUCCCCAACAUGACAACUAUCAAUGCUCUAAAACAUUUGUUUAAAGCUGCGAAUGUUGAUUCUCAAAGAAUGUUACAGAAAACAGUGUGCUACGACAGAUGGUUUUCGUGGACUAUCACGGUGUCAUGGGGUUACGCUGUUCAAGUAUACGGAAAUCAUAUUCUUCUGCCGGACGUCCUCCCCGUGCAGCAGACAUUCAGCCAGUGGAAAAAGGGAAGUGUUUUGUCAGGAGUUUAUACUUUUGACACAAGAGAACAUCACAAGGAUCCGUGUCGAAGGCCGGUUGUUUUCUUUCUGGAUAAUGUGUCUUCUGGUGCGGAUGGAAUCAAGAGCAUAUACAAAAAGUCCUACGAAAAUUGCUCCUACGACAUGGCUUCGCCGAGGAAGCUGGAGGAGGUCAGAGUGUACUCACAUAAGCUGGACCUUGAUAUGAAACAGUUGCAGGCGCCGCGAAGGCAAUGUUGCGAUGUAUUACCUUCUACGGGCAGCAAAUUGAUGGAAAUCGAAAUCAGAGAAUGCAAAGAAGAAGAACUAAUACGCAUGCAUCCGUAGCGGUGUUUCAUAUUGCAUAUAGCCAGAUUAUACAACAUUAUAUCAUACAGAUCAUGUAAUUGGUAUAUCAUGCUAUCUAGCUAGCUAGAAGGCAUUACACAGAAUUAUUAGUUUACUGUUACUCAUUUUUUGUUAUACAAAAAUGUAGAUCCUAGAAGAAACUUGGGAAAUUAUGUAUACUUACUUUGAUUUGAUUUUUAUUGAUUAGUAUAUGCUGUGAACUUGCUUAAAUUGUGAAACCAGAAAUACUAAAAUCAUUUUCGAUAAA